AUGGCAGCAACGCUGCAACAUGCUCACCCGGUAUUAUCUGCCGCUUCAAGCUCUGGUUUCCGCGAAAGCGGGCUACAGAGUUUGCGCUGCUUGGAGGGCGAUGAAGGUCCUAGUCCGAUCGUCGCCGUGCGCUCUGCGGGUCUAUCCCUGGAAUCAGUGAUCGGGUAUUGUGAAGAUAGCGACGCCGACGAUGAGACAGCAACCGGCGAACCAGGCAUCCGCAGCUUGGUAACAGAGGAGUAUCUGCAGAUAACGAAAAGAAAGAUUCCGGGAGAAUUUGCUGGGUUUAUGCUCUGCGAAUCGAGGACCAAAGACGAACAAGAAGACUAA